AUGGCCGUCGCACGCUCAAUGCGACGUACAAGUCCAACCAGCCUUGUGCUGGCAGCUUUGUUGGCUUUUGGCUUCAUCUGUUUCCUAUUAUCGCCCUCGACGCCCUCCGCAGCAGCCGCCGCAACAUCGCAACAGCGACAGGACAACGCAGCUGAACACCCUCUUUCCCCACCGACGAAACCCUUCCUCAAGUCACAGUCAUAUCGAAGCGAUGGUUCCCGAGCUGCUCCGCCCGUUGUUCAUUACGACCUCAACAACCUCACUAGCACGAGCACCUCCGCGGCCAACGGCGAGCGAAUCCUCAUUCUCACGCCUCUAGCUCGCUUCUACCAAGAAUACUGGGAUAACCUGGAAAGAUUGAGCUAUCCGCACGAGCUUAUCUCUCUCGGCUUCAUCGCUCCCAAGACAAAGGAUGGAAACGCAGCCGUCACAGCUCUAGAAAAGGCCAUCUCCCGCACGCAGUCGGGCCCCAUCGAUGACCGAUUCGCGAGCAUCUCCAUCCUGCGCCAGGACUUUGACCCGCCCCUCCAGUCCCAAGACGAAAAAGUCCGCCACCAGAUGUCCGCGCAGAAAGAACGCCGAGAGUCAAUGAGUCGUGCACGGAACAGUCUCGUCUUCACAACCCUCGGCCCAGGCACAUCAUGGGUCCUCUGGCUUGACGCCGAUGUCGUCGAGACUCCACCAACGCUCAUCCAGGACCUAACACACCACGACCAACCUGUUAUCGUACCGAAUUGUUUCCAGCGCUACUACGACUCCAAGGAGCGCAAGUGGGACGUCCGUCCCUACGACUACAAUUCCUGGAUCGAUAGCGAAGAGGCUCAGAACUUGGCGGCUAAUAUGGGACCCGAUGAGAUUCUUCUGGAGGGUUAUGCGGAGCUUCCCACAUACCGUACCCUUAUGGCGUACUUGCCUGACUUUAAUGCACUCGAUCCGCUCCGCAUGGUCGCCCUGGAUGGCGUUGGUGGGACUGCUCUGAUGGUCAAGGCAGAUGUACAUCGCGACGGUGCCAUGUUCCCUGCGUUCCCGUUCUAUCAUCUCGUCGAAACGGAGGGCUUCGCUAAGAUGGCGCGACGAUUGGGUUAUGCGGUAUUUGGGCUGCCGGAUUAUUUCGUUUACCACUAUAAUGAGUAA